CAAAAGCACGGUCGGAACUUAGGAAAGCCUUUGGUAAGCUUUUACAGGAGAUUAUUUGCUCGCUUGUUGUUGCAGCACAAUUGCGGCGCCACAUAUAUUGAUUGAGAUUGUUAUCCUCUUUCUAAACAGUUGGUUGGACCGUGAGAAGUUAUACAAAGCCCACUUUUAGCUGACAAGAAGCCAUUCUUGCUCGCGAGACUAUCCCACUCACCCACAGGUCUGAACAAGAUGAACGGCGUCAACGCAAGUGGAAACCGGACAGGGAAAAUCAUGGUUAUCAUGCUGGUGACCGGCAUGCUGGCGGCAGCGGCCAGUGUGCACCUGGGGCCUGCUCUGUACGGACGUCCGGAGGAAGCUCAGCAGCGCACGUACUCGUCCGAAGGUGCCCUCAAGAAAAGAAGCAUGUGGUCUAAGGGCCAGAAUAAGUAGCUUGUCACACUUUCAAGUCCCCAGCUUGGCAAUGGCAGACUAGUAGUUGGAGACAAUGCUGCGACAAUACUAGCGUGAGUGGGGCAAAUUAAGGAGGGAGCAGAUAGCUUUCAGCAGUACACUUUGGAAGGUUCCCCACAUUGACUACAUCAAAUGUGGUGCAGAGAAUGCCACAGACAUUCCACAAUUUGUCUGCUGCCUGUAGAAGUAGCGGUUGAGCUCAUUUCGUCGCAAUUAGCGGUUGAGCUUUAGCACCAACGGCAAGUGUUCUGCCAUUUACAAUUAAAUUGGGUUUUAGUCACUUUUCUGAGGAGGAGUUUCGUGCGGAAUAAAAGUACCGCAGUCUGUAACCGGUCACCGUGGCUGGGGUCAGACUGCGAUGCCGCCCCCUGCGGUUGGAGGGCUGCACAAGCCCUUCGAUCACUACACCAGUCUCUCAGAGAUACCCAAGCCAGAGCUGCCGAUAGCGGAGAUCCUAAAGGAGGCGCACACGCGCUGGCUGCGGCCUUUGGAGGUAUACGACAUUCUGAGCAACUAUCAGCACUACAACUUCAAGCUCAACAAGGAGGCUCCCGUCCUGCCUAAGAGCGGGCAGCUGUACCUGUUUGACCGCAAGGAGGUGCGCUACUUCCGAAAGGACGGCCACGUGUGGACCAAGAAGAAGGACGGCAAGGCGGUGCAGGAGGCGCACGAGAAGCUCAAGGUGGGAAGCCUUGAGAUCCUGCACUGCUACUAUGCGCACUCGGAGAAGGACGACCGCUUCCAGCGCCGCUGCUACUGGAUGCUGGACGAAGCGCGUGAACGCGUGGUCCUGGUGCAUUAUCUACAGGUUACUGAGGCGGCCCACCCCGGGGAUCACCUCCAGCCCCUUGGCCUGCUCCCGCGCAAGGCGCUACUGCACCCGGUGAAGCGCAUCCCGGCCAGCGAGAGCAGCCAGGGCAGCGAGUCAGAGGAGGACCGCGCGUCGCCCAACGCCGUUUUGCCACACCCGGCGCGGCCGCGAAAGGCCCUUCCGAAGCGCCACAGUUUCGCCGGGGGUCACAAGGGCACCAAGCGGCACGCCGACGACGGCGAGGGGAUCCCCGCGGACCCGCAUCGGGUGCCAAAGUCGGAGCCGGCGUCGGACGGGUCGAGCCAGGGCACCGGGAAAGCGCGCCGGCAUGGGGAGGAGGGGAACGGGGCGCAGGCGCGGGGGGAGAACCAGGAAACGGGGCUGACGAAGCAAGGGUCGCAGGAUCUGACGAGCGUGGGGGGUGCGCUGGAGGCGGCAGUGCGCGACGGGGUGUUCCAAAUGGAGGUCGAUAUGUCGCGGCCCAAUGGGGGCGCUGCGCUGGACGCGCUGGGAGACGUCGCGUGGCAAGACUGGCAGCAGCAGCAAAAAGUUUCUGCAGCGGGGGGGUAUCCUUGGGAUGUGCCUGCCGGCCCCCCAAGCUGGCCCGUGGCUCCGGAAACGACGGCGCCGUUUCCGUGGGACCCGCGGGAAGAGCCGUGGCAGGGGUUGCCUCGUCAGGAGUCCGCCGGAAAUUUAGCGCCGCCGCCCCCGCUUCUUCUUCCCGCCGACCCGGGGGCGGCGACCGGCAUGGAGUUGUGGGAUGCCAACAACUGGGGAGGGGCGCCCCCCCUCGAGGGUGCGAGCGAGGCCGCGUUGUGGCUCAAGGGAGAGGACGAGCGCGCGCCGGCGGCGCAGAUGGUCCCGGUUACCAGCGCAGACGUGGCGCCAAAUGCGGUGCUGUUGAACACGCCGUCGGGCGACUGGACCGCCAGCUGGAGCGGCGGCACGCCCGCGGCCGCUCUAGAUCUCUCGCGCGCGUGGCCCGACGCCGCGCGCACCUCUUGGCCGCCCGCCGGCGCCCCCCCCAGCGUUUGGGUCCCCACGCAACCACCCCCGGCCCACGAAAUGCCAAUCGUUCACGAGCCCGGGCCCGCGACCGGAGCGCCCUCGGGGAAGCCCCCCCGGCCGCCGUCGCUGCCGCGGCUGCGGCCGCUCAAGAACUUACGGGCGCUCGCGGUGCCGGACGGGGCCGCGCAUUCGGGGGUCGGGGUGGGGUCCCCGUUUCUCGUGCCGGAGUCGCCGACGGUCGUCCAGGUAUUGCGGGAGAUGCACACAGACGCGGGCAGCCGGCCGGGCUCGGCGGCGCCCAUUCCGGAGGAGGCCGAGCGGAAUGAGUUUGAGGAGCGGAAGGAUGAGGAAGGGGCGCAGAUGGAGGAGGCGGGGCCGGACGAGCGGGCCGGGGGGCACGCCAGGAGCGCAGGCCAGCAGCUGCCGUGGUUCGAGAUCCAGGAUUGCAGCCCGGAGUGGGACUACUCCGUCGGAGGUGCGAAGGUACUGCUUGUUGGCACGUGGCACCUCCCCGACGACUCUCCGCCCGGCGCGAGCGACGACUUCCGCGCGUCCGUCACGUUCGGCGGCGCCGAGGUUCCCGCGGAACCGGUUGGGCCUUGCUUGCGAUGCACCGCGCCCGCGCACAUGCCGGGUCGCGUUCCGCUGUGCGUAACCUUUGGCGAGAACCAGCCCGCGAGCGCUUCGCGCGAGUUCGAGUACCGCCCAAGUCCGGUUGCGUACGUCACGCGCCGCAGCGCCGCUGGGGGGGGCGCGCUUGCGGUCGAGGACGCGGUGGACGAGGACGACGAUGCGGCGCUACAGGUGCGGCUCGCGCGAUUGUUGCUCGAGGGGGGUGCCGGCGAGGGGGGGAACAGCGACGGGGAAGAGUGGGAGGAGUUGCUGCGCACCGAGCGCGUGACCGGGUGCGUGCAGGACGGUCUCCUGCAGCGGGUCCUCCGUCACGUGUUGCAUUUAUGGCUCGCGCGCGCAGGCCAGGGGGAUCCCCUAACGUACGACGGGUACGCGCCGUUUGGCCGGGCGGGAGACGCGGCGCCAGGCGGGUUAACAGGUCUAAACGAGGUCGGUUUAAGCGCGCUGCACAUGGCGGCGGCGCUCGGGUACGAGUGGGCGGUUACGGCACUUGUCGAUGCAGGGUGCCCGGUGGAUUUGAAGGACGCGCGGGGGCGCACCGCGCUGCACUGGGCGGCCGCGCGCGGGCGCGAGAAGGUGGUUGCGCAGCUGCUGACGCACGGCGCGGCGCCCGGGAUGCUGGCCACGAAAGGCGGGUGCACGCCCGCGGACCUCGCCGCUACGUGCGGGCACGCGGGGAUUGCGGCGUUCCUCGCGGAGUGCGCGCUCAACCGGAGCCUGAGCAACAUGACGAUCAACGAGGACAUGGCGGCCGCGAGCGACGCAGCCGAGGCGGGCGCCGCCGCGGUCGCGGUCGCGACGGGCAGCCAGGGCGUGCCGCGUGGCAGCGAUGCGGGGCUCGAGAACGCGCUCGAGGCGGUGCGCAACGCGGCCCGCGCGGCCGCGCUGAUUCAGAGCGCGUACCGGCGACGGCGGCGGCAGCGGCAGCAGAGGGCGCAGCAGGGGCGGAUUCCGGGGGAGGGCGAGCGGGACGAGGCAGCGGACGGAAUGAACGGAAUGGCGGGGGGGGUGGAGGAGCAGCAGAAGAUGGAGACGGAGCAUCAGGCGGCCACACGCAUUCAGGGCGCGUUCCGCAAAUUCGCAGACCGGAAAGAGUUCCUGAGCUUCCGGAACAAGGUGGUGCGACUGCAGGCUGCCGUGCGCGGCUACCUCCAACGACAAAAGUACCGUCGCAUGCUGAUUGGUGGCGCGUACGGGUGGCGCCUGCGGAGCGCGGACAAGCGGCCGCGCUCCGCAAGGUACCACGUGGACGAGACUGAGCUGCCACCGCUGCCGAGCCCGCUCGGAGAAGCUGCUGGGGAGGAGUGGCGUAACGUUGGGGGGACCGAUUCAAAUUAUGCGCUUGACCGCGCAGUCACAAGGGUUCAAGCGAUGGUCCGGUCGCGCCAAGCUCGAGCGCAGUACUUGCGACUGCGCCAGGCGUCGCAGUCAAUGCAGGUGGAGCAUUGGCAGCAUCAGCAUGGCGUCAUGCAAGAGCCGCACGUGCGGUUCGCCGAGGCCUCGGACGUGUUUGACCCGAGCGUUUAUCUCGUAUGAAUUAUAUUGCAUAGUACAUAUACUGGUGCCUCUCAGGUCUGCAAUUUUAUAUGAUAAGAUAUAUUGUGGCAUUUUUGUCGAGGCAAUAAGGUGUUGAGGUCCUUUAGAAAGGUCAGCGUCCGCAUGGACAGUGGUUGUGCUAGACACACCACCAUAGCAUGCCUGACGACAGUGGCAAGUGUUUCUGCUUUUAAGUUGGACAAUGAUUCAGAUCUUCUCAUGCAACUAAGAUAUAUCAAGUCUGAA